AUGCUGAAGAAGGGCGUGGCAAAGCGGAUGGCUAAUAAUCUGGCGAAGUCGGUGAGCCUUCUGGAGAACGAGGUUGCCAUCUACAACGACAUAGGCGGCGACAAAUACCAGAGGACCGGCGCCGACUUGCUGGAAGCCUUUUGGGAGCCACGGUUUGGACAGGAUAAUUUCUCCUAUGACCUGGCGAGCCGUGCCGAGGACUACGACCUCUCCUUUGUGAACGUCGUACCAAAGGUCUUCGACAUGGAGCCCGAGCGGCUCUACCAGGCGUGUGCCGAGAUUAAGCCCUAUGCGCUUGUGGCACAUAACCUGCAGAGACAAGGUGCAAUCACAAAACAAGUUGUUCGGAAGUGCUGUGACCUCCAAUCCGAUGGCAACCGGCUUUUCAUCCUCGCCUUCAGCGUGGACGUGCAUGAGGACCCCACGGGUGCGAUCGAGAACAUUAUGAACUUGCCUGGGGUGGGCAAGGCGAUCUUUAAGAACAGCGGCAAUGGCACCGAUCUGGGCUUUGUGACCAACUGCCGCAACCUGCUGCAAGCUGCGAGGAAGCAACCUUACAUCGAUGAUGUGAGCGCCAUCCUCCUUGAAGCCAUUCGCGCUGAAGCCUGGCAGCGCUGUCCCUGGAAGUUCGAUCCCAAGGUCCACGAUACGUGGUACGCUGCUCCUCUUGAUGAACCUGAGAAGUGGAUGGAGCUUCUUGAAGCAGCAGCCAAACAGCUUGGGAAGAGCAGGUACUACUACUUGCCGGAAAAGUCCAGGGAGAUGGUUAUACUGAAGGAGCUUGUGCCGUGGGAAAUUACACGUGCUCAGGUGUGCGCCAGCCCAAUGACGAGGCGUAUGCCAACGGAUGUUCCAUACACCCAUCGCGGCGCAGCUCUUCUUCUGAACAACGGCAAGCUCCAGAUUGAGAGCGAGGACCUCAACGAGAUCAGGCAGCCCAAGCUCAAGUUCGAGACGCCCGUGAGGACCGCGAUUUUCUUCUAUGGCAUGGCAGACGACGACACCGAAGCCAAGGCGACAUCCUCACAGGACCCUGCAUUGCAUGUGCCGGGACUUCGCAGUGACGUCAGUUUUCCUGGAGUGCCCGAAACCAUUCCCAAAGAAGUUCGCGCCUCUGUGGCCCGAUUGCAUUGCAAUGCAGGUCACCCUUCAAAGCAGGAGACCAUAAGACUUCUUGCUGCGCACGGCUCGAUAAACACUGCUGUGCUCACUGCUUUGGAGCACAUGAGAUGUGGUACUUGUGAACGAGCCAAGGGUCCCCUCAAGCCACGUCCAGCUUCAGUUCCUGAGUUUGUGGGUCAGUUUGCCGAGCAGAUCCAGGCUGACAUCUUUUACGUCAGAGACCUCUCGUCUGUAAACCAUGCACUGCUAGGCGUGACCUGUCUGGCGACCAAGUUCUACCAGGCCUCGAUUCUGCCGUCGCGCGACCCUCAGGUUGUGCUCAACGAGAUGGACCGGCUGUGGCUGAGACCCUUUGGCUACCCCUUGUUCAUGAGUGUUGAUGCUGACGGUGCUUUCGAGGGUGUGUUUUUACAGCACUUUCAAGAAAGUGGUGUCGUCGUGACGGUCGUGCCAGCUGACGGGCAUCAUCAGAUUGGCGCCAUAGAGCGCAAGAAUGCUGUGUUCCGGACCGUGGUGGAAAAGCUCAUUGACCAAAACGCUGUGACGAACAAGGAGCAGCUCGACAUGUGUCUUAGUGCUGCAAUAUGGUCGGUGAACACGAGCAUCCACACACGAGGUAGAAGCAGCAUGCAGGCCGUGUUUGGUAAACUUCCUCGGUUUCCUGGCGACCUCUUCUCAGAUAGUGCUGCCUUAGCAACAUCCGACUACCACAUGCUUACCGAGCAGCUUCGCACACAAGCAUGCCAAGCCGUCCAAGAAAUGUCUGCCUCUUCUGUGAUACGCAGGGCGCUUCUGAGAAAGACGGCCACCUCUCGCCAAAGGGUCAAUGAGCUGCUUCCUGGAUCCUUGGUGGCGUAUUGGAGGUGGAACCUUAAGGCUCGGGGGCGAAAAAGAGGCGGGUACAUCCUGGGGCGUCUCGUCGUCAAGGAUGACAAGAACGCAUGGGUUCAAAGCGGUGGCUCACUCGUGCAGGUGACGCAUGAGCAGCUGCGACCCGCCAUUGGCAUUGAAGCCUGGACUCCAAGCGCUGAGGACAUCAAGAUGAUCAAGCUGGGCGGCAAACUGCUGCAACAAGGCUUUUGGGACGAUGGCCGUGAACCUGGGCCACCUUCUAACGAACCGGGACUGGAAGUGAACUACGUGAUCUCGGGCCUCCUCUUGAAGACGGGGCUGGAGAACAACGUUACGAACUACCAGCACCAGGCCGUGACGCUCCUUUACCUGUUUCUGAACUUCCGCAACAACCUCUUCGAGAAGGACCUCAACUUCCUGCAGAGGCAGUUCAACAAGCUGGGGCUCAACUGGAUGGGCCGGCUCAGAACAUCCAGGUGUUCUCACCGCAGUAUCAGCAGAACAUCUGGCAGUACGGAGAGGGACCUGAAGCACGACCGGGGCGAGAACGCUCGAGAUCUCGACGGCCAGCUUCACCCGCUCCUGCGACACCUCAGCUACUUCCUCCGACGCCAAGUCAACCUUCAACGCCGCGGCCUCCGCCUACACCUCGGAGGAGAGCUGCAGUACGCGCUGAACAACUGUUGGGACAAGGUUCCUUUUUCAGCCGAACCUUUUGGAUCCGCAGAGUACAUGGACGCUCCUCAAGACGACGAGCAGCAAGCUACUCCGACAGCACAAGCCGAAGCACCGGCUCCUUCAGCAUCUCCAGACGCAUCGAGCAACAUGCAAGCAAUGGCUGAUGACAGCGCAGCUCCACAGCUUCCAGCGAGACGAGCACACUCUGCACUACAAGCGAAGAAAAAGAAGCGACAGCCUCACAACAAAGAGAUGCACUCCAUCCUGCUGACUCACUUUGUGUUGGACACCCUCACGGAGAUCUACCAGCCAGGAGAUGGAUGGGACGGGUCACCUGACUACAGGCUCCAUUCGCCGUGCACUGCCUUUCGCUGCUGUGCUGCAGCCCUUGAGGCAGAAGAGGUAUCUUCAGAUUCAUCUGAGGAUGGAGACCAACGGGUCAGUAACGACCUGACGCGCCAGGAGCGCAAAGCCAUCGACCGUGAAAUUCCAUGGCGGCAGAUUAUGAGUGACUACCCGUCAGACGUGAUCAGCUUAUAUGUGCAGGCUAACAAGAAAGAGUACGACUCUUGGGUCAGCUGGCAAUCCAUCAAGCCUCUCUCCAAGGCCGAGGCUGACAGGAUUAAGAAUGAUCCUCGCCUUCGCAAGAGGAUCAUGCCCUCUCGCAACGCUUACCGAGAUAAGCUUCGAGGAGCUGGACCCGUCGUGAAAGCCAAAUGUCGCACAGUGAUCCAAGGAUGCCACGAUCCUGAUCUUGGACUGUUGGACCGAUCUUCUCCGACACCAACGAGAGUGGCAGAACUCCUGAUCUACGAGAUAGCGUGCUCUGGCUAUAACCGAAGACUCUUCAAGAACAAGAAAGCCUGGAAACUUUGGAGCGGCGACGUUGCAACUGCUUUUCUCCAAGGGCAACCACAACCAAGAGAUCUGCCAAUCUACAUGAGGCCACCACGUGAUGGCAUACAGUCUUUGGCAGGCACCUUUCCGUGCGAGCUGUACGAAAUCAUCGGGAACCUUUAUGGUUUGUGUAACGCUCCCAGAACUUGGAUCAACCACAUCGUGAAGCAGUUGCGUGGCAAAGGCUUUCGUCGCCACCGGCUAGACCACACAGUCUACUACAAGCUCGACAGCAACAAGGAAUUGAUGAUCGUUUUGCUCUUCCACGUGGACGACUUCUUGGUAGCCUACCGCGAGGACUACAACUUCGACGAGUUGCUCACCCUGUUCACCUGGGGACAAAAGAACCUCCUCGACGACGGUGACUUCGUCUUUAAGGGCAAGGAAGUGAGCCUCAGAAAGGUUAACGGAGAGUUUCAGAUCCACGUGACGCAGAAGGCCUUCAUCAAUGAGCUUGAGACCGGGCGCCUCAAACGCGGAAGGUCUGCUGAGACCACCCCGCUUACGAGCGAAGAGAUGCGAGAGUACAGAAGCUGCGCAGGGAGUCUUCAAUGGCUCGCAGGAAGCACCCGACCUGACAUUGCUGCCACCGUGAGCUUAAGCAACCACGGUCAGGAGAACGGGCCAGCCCAACUCAAGCAGCUGUACGAUUGCAUCGACUACCUCAAGAAGUGCCCGGAAGACGGUCUUGUCUUUCAAGGUGUGGCGAUCAACUUUGCCACAGUGAUCGUGGGCUACUCUGACUCGUCAUGGGCAAACGCACCUGGCGGCAAAAGUCAGAUGGGCGUGAUUGUGGUUCUCACUGGACCAGAGUGCCAAGAGCAAACGUCGAGAGCUACACUUCUUGACUGGCGAAGUUCUCGAAGCCCUCGCGUGACACGGUCAACCCUGGCAUCAGAAGCAAACGCAAUGGAUGAUGGAGUGGACAGGGCUACGUUCUUGAACACGUUCCUCUCCGAGUUCUUCUCAAAGGACGACUCAAGGGCCACAGCGGGACUCCUCAACCAGCUCCUGGUGACAAAGGACGACGCCAAGCUCACUGCAGGUCUUCUGAAGCAGCUUCAAGUUACAGACUGUAAGUCUCUUUACGAUGCUGUGAUCGCUGAAAAUCCUUCUCUCGAAGAGAAACGGACAAUGAUCUCGGUCAGGUCCAUACAGGACUACAUCGGGUCAGACCAGAUACACUGGGUGCCCACAGACCUGAUGUAUGCAGAUGUCUUGACCAAGCAUUCAGCCGUGCUUCGUGAAAGCUUCAGACGCUGGAUGAAGAGUCCGUGCGUUAAGCUCAAGGAGGAUGAACACCGAAAAGAAAACUUUACGAGUGUGAAUUUCCAGCUUGCGUCCAGCGUCGAGGAGGCAACUGCGGACUACCGUCAGUUGCAGGAGUGGCGAUCGGACAAGUCUCCCGCCAUCAGAGGUGCAUGGAAGGACUUGUGCCUCAUCACUUGCUCGAUAGCUGGAAGGAAGUGCAGAGCCCAUCCGGGCGGUUGGCACAUCAUGACCGCACGUUUGCGCCGCCAUGCUGCCAAAUUUCAUGGCCGCUCGAGGAGGCAGCGGCAGCAUGUGGUGCAGAAGUAUCUCACAGCCCUCCGUAGCUUCGACAAAGUUGCUGUGCAGCAGCAUGCUGCCCAUGUGGCGGGGUGGCUGGCCUACGGCCCCAAAGAGUAUUCUCCGAAAGAAUCCGAACUGCGGCUGCUGAGCAAGUUUCUGGCCAGGCUCGGGAAGGGCGUCCUUCCUUGUCGCUUGCAGGAAGCGCUGCCGGAGGUGCUGGUGAGGUUGCAGUCCUUGCCUGGAGGCCCAGGGGCAGACCAAACCUGGGCGCAGGCUGCGGAUGCUCUGAGGAAAAAGCUCAGGAAGUUCCACUGCUGCCGGCGGGAACCCGAAGAUGGCCCGCGACCAGUCGCUGAAAUCCAAGAAGCACCCAAAGAGCGUGCAGCUCGGGAUGCUGACCGAGAUAGCUCGAAGUUUGAAGGGGAUUCGGAGCCUGCCGCCAGAGGCGUACAAGCAACCGAGGCCCCCCCGCAUCCAGAGUCCUGUGGCUUGCAGCGGCUUUUCCGGAAGAAGGCUGAGUGGGCGAACAUGCAGCAGUCGGAGCGAGCAGAGUGCUUGCUCCGGGCAGAGGCCGUGGGAUUUUCCCAAGAAGGCAUUGCUCAAGGAAGGCUGAGCAAGAUCUUGUACCAGGUGGCCGCAGCCUUGGCCCCUCCACGCAGGGCCACACUGCCGUCGGAGAUCCGAGAUGGCGGGACAGAGCACGAUCUGCAAGAGGGCGGCCUCGAUAGUUCGGACUCUUCUGGGGGACUGCAGCGCCGCGCGCGCAAGUUGCUUCUUAAGUUCUUGCGCGCUUGGCGCACGAACCACUUCGACUGCGCUUCCAUCCGCCACAUCUUGGAGCACGUGGAGAGACAGAUCCGAUGCUUCGAGGAGAGGGCCAGCGAGCUCCGCUUGGCAGCAUCUGCCACAGCCUGGCUGGCCAUCCAGAGAGAAGUCGGGCGCUUGCUAGAGGGUGCUGAUGCGCUCGAUGGAUUGCCAGCGCGUCGCCACCUGCCCAGUGCGCUUGCAUUUGGUGUGAGAAAGACUGCUUUGCGGACAGCCAUGAAGGCACUCGGUGGGAGGGCAACAUGCCAGCAGCUGCUGGGAUAUGUACGGCAAAAUCCACAUGUUUUUGGAAAUGCAGAUCAAGGUGCCAUCGAGCGCAGCCUGAGAAGCUUUCGUGCGUCAGCAUACUUCGAAUUCCUUGGCAAGGAGAAUGGCGAAGAUGUUUUCGGCUUGGCCGACUCCUGCCCCAGAGGCAUCCGGCGCCACAAGCAUGGCUUCGCAGCGAUGCUACAAAUCCGAAGCAGUGCCUGCAGCUGCGUAGGUCCUUUGAGGUCGAGUGCCGAGGAGGCGAGUAGCGACUACCGUCAGUUGCAGGAGUGGCGAUCUGAGAUGUCACCAGAAGCUCUUUUUCAACGAAUUCGCAAUUGGCAUGGUGCACAUAUUGUCAGUUCAAAGCGCAAUCCACCCGUUCGCGUUCUGCCAGACGAGGAAAGUCCGGAUGUGAAAAACAGGAGGCAGCGGCAGCAUGUGGUACAGAAAUAUCUCACAGCCCUCCGUAGCUUCGACAAAGUUGCUGUGCAGCAGCAUGCUGCCCAUGUGGCGGGGUGGCUGGCCUACGGCCCCAAAGAGUAUUCUCCGAAAGAAUCCGAACUGCGGCUGCUGAGCAAGUUUCUGGACAGGCUCGGGAAGGGCGUCCUUCCUUGUCGCUUGCAGGAAGCGCUGCCGGAGGUGCUGGUGAGGUUGCAGUCCUUGCCUGGAGGCCCAGGGGCAGACCAAACCUGGGCGAAGGCUGCGGAUGCUCUGAGGAGAAAGCUCAGGAAGUUGCACUGCUGCCGGCGGGAACGCCGGCGGGAACCCAAAGAUGGCCCGCGACCAGUCGCUGAAAUCCAAGAAGCACCCAAAGAGCGUGCAGCUCGGGAUGCUGACCGAGAUAGCUCGAAGUUUGAAGGGGAUUCGGAGCCUGCCACCAGAGGCGUACAGGCAACCGAGGCCCCCCCGCAUCCAGAGUCCUGUGGCUUGCAGCGGCUUUUCCGGAAGAAGGCUGAGUGGGCGAACAUGCAGCAAUCGGAGCGGGCAGAGUGCUUGCUCCGGGCAGAGGCCGUGGGAUUCUCCCAAGAAGGCAUUGCUCAAGGAAGGCUGAGCAAGAUCUUGUACCAGGUGGCCGCAGCCUUGGCCCCUCCACGCAGGGCCACACUGCCGUCGGAGAUCCGAGAUGGCGGGACAGAGCACGAUCUGCAAGAGGGCGGCCUCGAUAGUUCGGACUCUUCUGGGGGACUGCAGCGCCGCGCGCGCAAGUUGCUUCUUAAGGUCUUGCAUGCUUGGCGCACGAACCACUUCGACUGCGCUUCCAUCCGCCACAUCUUGCAGCACGUGGAGAGACAGAUCCGAUGCUUCGAGGAAAAGGCCAGCGAGCUUCGCUUGGCAGCAUCUGCCACAGCCUGGCUUGCCAUCCAGAGAGAAGUCGGGCGCUUGCUUGAGGGUGCUGAUGUGCUCGACGGAUUGCCAGUACGUCGCAGGCAACUUUCGCGCCCGGCGACCAAUUGGGUUGCGAAGGGCGCGAAAAAAACUGCCAUGCUGACGGCGAUGGAAGAACUCGGCGGUAGGGCAACAUACCAGCAGCUGUUGGGAUAUGUGCGACAACACCUACGUUUGUUUGGAGAGACAGAUCCAAGCACCGUCGAGCGCAGCUUGAGAAGCUUUCGUGCAUCAGCAUGCUUCGAGUUGCGUGGCGAGGAAAAUGGCGAAGAUGUUUUCGGCUUGGCCGAGCCCUGCCCCAGAGGCAUCCGACGCCAGAAGCGUGGUUUCACGGCCCGGCUGCACAUCCGAAGCAAUGCCUGUUGCUGCAUUGGUCCUCUAAGGUCCAGCGUCAAGGAGGCGACUGCGGACUACCGUCAAUUGCAGGAGUGGCGAUCGGACAAGUCUCCCGAAGCUCUUUUUCAGUGCAUUCGCAGCUGGCAUGGUGCGCACGUUGUCAGCUCCAAGCACAAGCCUCGCGUUCGUGUCAAAUCGAACGAAAAGGUGCUGGGCUCGUUUCAACUUAAGCGGAUUUAUUGGAUCGACUGGAUCCUGUCCGGGGCCUUCGUCAGCACAGAGCUGCAGUGGAACAUGUUGAACACUGCGGUUCCAGCAGCGUUGGUCACCACCUUUGCCUUCCCGACAUAUGCGGUGGGCGCAGUCCUAGGCUCGGGGGCCUUCGUUGCCAUGUGCUUUCUGCUGGUGCUGCCGUCCCUCCCGAGGUGCUUCAACCAGCCGCGACCGACGAAUCUGUUGGUCAGCUACACCUUCAUGAGCAUGUCCUGGUUGUUUAUGUCCCUGGCUUUUGCUCCAUCUCUCGCCCCCCCGAUCUUCGUAGUUGGCGUGUGGGCGUUCCUGUCUAUGGCCAAUGCCUCCCAGGUGGUGCUCAUGGAAUGCCUGACGGGCGUGAAUGACGUGGAAACUUCGGGCCAGAUCAUGGGCAUCUCAGAGAUGCUGGGCUGUGCUGUAGGCAUGCUGGGCAGUUAUGCGGGGGCCAUGCUGUUUGCGGUGGCUCCCGUGGCGCCGUUUCUAGGUUGCGGAGCAGCUGCCUUGGGCUGCACGCUGUUUCUCUGUUUGGCCCUGGGUGUCCGUCGCGUUGAAGUGCACAAGCGCUUGUCAGACAAAGCCGAUCCUGGGAGCCUAAUUAGCGACUUGGAGCUUUCGCAGGAUUCUACCAGCCUGGUGGAAGAGAGCGUCCAGGGCCUCGGGAUGAUCAUGCGCGAUGGCGAGCGCGCCCACUCCUACAUCGGACCGGAGGUCGCACAUAGAGCCCACUCCGAAGGUUCGCCAGCCACCUCCCCGGCUUCUUCGGCCUCUCCUCCUUACGCGAGCCGCCGUGGAGUGACGAUCCCGGGCCAUGCCAUGGACUCUUAA